AUGGAGAAAGCUGAAAAGCUUUGCCAAGAUGACGAGUACACGCUUGAUGGAACAGUCGAUCGCCAUGGAAGGCCUGCAAUUCGAGCAAGCAGUGGAUCAUGGUUUGCUGGUAUUUUGUUACUAGUGAACCAAGGCCUAUGUACACUUGCAUUCUAUGGAGUUGGUGUGAAUCUUGUAUUGUUCCUCACACGAGUAAUCGGGCAGGACAACUCUAGCGCCGCAAAUGAUGUCAGCAAAUGGACCGGCACUGUCUACCUCUUCUCGCUAUUGGGCGCCUUUCUUAGCGACUCUUAUUGGGGACGAUACAAAACUUGCGCCAUUUUUCAAGCUAUCUUUGUUGUCGGAUUGGUCUCGCUUUCGCUAUCGUCGUACUUUUUCCUAGUAAAGCCCGACGGUUGUGGCGACGGGAGCACACCAUGUGGGCCCCACUCAACCAUCGAGACCAUCCUAUUCUACCUCUCGAUUUACCUCGUCGCCCUCGGAAACGGGGGCUACCAGCCCACCAUCGCGACUUUCGGAGCGGACCAGUUCGACGAGGAGCAUCCGGUCGAGAGCCACUCGAAGGUGGCCUUCUUUAGCUACUUCUACUUGGCCCUAAACCUCGGGAUGUUGGGCUCCAACACGAUAUUGGGCUACUUGGAGAACGACGGCAUGUGGGCCCUCGGGUUCUGGGCCUCCUCUGGCUCGGCAAUAGCCGCUUUGGUCCUGUUUUUGGUGGGGAGGCCAAGGUAUCGGCAUUUCGUACCAAAAGGGAACCCUUGGAAAUUGUUCUGUCAAGUGAUUGUUGCGGCUUCGAGAAAAUGGCGGGUCGAGGUGCCUUCGGGUGGUGGCGGUUUGUAUGAAAAGCAAGAGUGUGGCUCUGAGUAUGAUAAUGGGGCAAGGAAAAUUCUACAUAGUGAUGGGUUCAAAUUCUUGGACAAGGCCGCGGUCGAGACCUCGAUAGACUAUGCCGCUGGCACUGGCCGCGACCCGUGGCGGCUGUGCACGGUGACCCAAGUGGAGGAAGUGAAGACCAUAGGGAGGCUCCUCCCCAUAUGGCUCUGCACCAUCAUCUUCUCCUUAGUCUACACACAGAUGACCUCACUCUUUGUCGAGCAGGGAGCCGCCAUGGACAAUCGCCUUGCCGGAUUUCGAGUACCUCCGGCCAGCAUGUCCGCCUUCGAGAUCAUCAGUGCCGCCGCCUUUAUCCUCUUCCACCGCCGCUUGGUCGAUCCAGCCGUGGCCAGCCUCCGGAAGUCCGGCAGUGGCCUGACGGAGAUCGAGCGGAUGGGUGUCGGGCUGGCGGUUGCCGUCAUGUCCAUGGUGGCUGCCGGCGUCGUCGAGCAUUUUCGGAUGAGGGACGCGGUUAGGUCCUCUAGCGGCCUCACCAUAUUCUGGCAGGUGCCACAAUAUGUCUUCAUCGGUGUUUCCGAAAUCUACAUGUUGGUCGGGCAACUAGAGUUCUUCAACGGUCAAGUGCCCGAUGGCCUAAGGAGCUUCGGAAGCGCGCUUAGCAUGACUUCGAUCUCGUUGGGAAACUACGCGAGUAGUUUGAUUCUAACCAUAGUAACUGAGGUCUCGACCUCAGGUGGUGACCCUGGUUGGAUUCCUAGGAACCUUAACCGUGGCCAUUUGGACAACUUUUUCUAUCUUCUAGCUAUACUGACAGCGGUCGAUCUAAUGAUAUAUAUCGUGUGUGCGAAGGCGUAUAAGUACACGAAGUUCGAGGAACGAAGCAAUGUUAGAAGGAAGAAUGUGGAUGUGUGA